GAGUAUCAUACCCAUAUUCUAAAUCAUCACCCAAUUUCUUCAACUUGCUCAAAGAAGCUCUUAUAAUCCCUUACAAAUCAACCAACAUGAUUGCAUUCUGUUUCCUGGCCUCCAUUCCUCUAUUUUGCUCCUUGGUUUUCCACGAACUGAUGCUUCGACAAGCACUCGUCGUCGUUUCCGAUAUACUGAGAGAACCUGAUGUCGAAACGAUGGCGAAUGGUUUCUUCUACAAACUGGUUCCACUGGCUCUUUACCGGCUGCUUCUACUUCAUCUACCGGAGCUCUGCGUCUCAGUGGUUACCGUUGAAUUAGCAUCGAGAACGUAUACGAAGGGAAAACCGAUUACAAUGGCGGAAAUGGUACAAUUACUUGUCGACCAAGAAAGGUGUAGAGGCAUCAUUGUCACUUCUACAUACGUUCACUUCCUUUCGACCGGUUUUAUGCUCGUGUCAACGUGGUUAGUGACGAGCUACUAUACCAUUGUGAUGAGCUUUUUCUAUAAUGCUUUCACUGCUGCAUUUCUUCGAAUGCUUAGCGUAGCUCUGCUAGUGAAAUUUUUAGAAUGGAUGGCUGUAUGGAAUGUGGGAAUCGUGGUCUCGGUGUUGGAGGGGAUACACGGGGCCAAUGCUCGGGGACGCUCAGUUGAUCUUUGCCGAGGCAGCGAGAGACGAGGGUUCGGGUUGAUGCUCGUGUGUUUCGUGUGGGGUAUCUGUUCACGGUUCGUUUGUUUCUACGGGGGAGGCCAUGAGAAAAGGUGGAGAAUGUUUGCAGGAGUUAGCUUGAUUUGCAUGGGGAAGGUGAUGAAAUGGAUGGUUUGUGUGAUCUAUUACUGUCAAUGCAAAGAAGCUACCUUGGAGAGGGUUGAUGAUGAAGAAAAUUGUUCUUCGACCGACGGUUCGAUAUUCCGAGUAGGAAAAUAA